GGAAGCCGGGCCGGGCCGAGGCGAGAGAGUGGCCGCCGCGCCUUCCUUCCCUUUCCGCCACCGGCCGAUCUCCGCCUCUCGGGGAAGGAGCUGCAGGCAGCCGCUUCGGAGGCCCAGACGAGGCUUCGGUCGGUCCUUCCUCCCCAGCGAGGCCUCUGUUGCAGGCGUUUCGCACUCGGGGCCGGUGCUGACACUCUGCGGGCGCUCAUCGGGAUGGCAGCGAGCUGACCCAGACCCCCGAGAAUGACCUGGACUGAGGCCCUCCGUGAGAAGAUCUCCGGGGCCUUCUACAACCACGGCUUACGCUGUGCCUCCUGCCCGAUACCCAUCAUCCUCUUCACAGGUCUCUGCGUCCUGGCCUGCUGUUACCCGUUGCUGAAGCUCCCACUUCCGGGCACGGGGCCGGUGGAGUACACGACGCCGGUGAAGGACUACGGCCAGCCACCCCCCUUCCCGGCCCAGCAACAAGGAGAACCGAGCGAGCGCCCCGACUGGUAUUCCGGAGCCCCCGUGGCCUACAUCCAACAGGUCCUGGUGAAAGCCACCGUUUCUCCGUGGCCCAAGAGCUUCCUGGCCGUCGACGUCUUUCGCUCUCCGCUCGCCCAGGUCUUCCAGCUGGUGGAGGAAAUCAGGAACCACGCUUUGCGCGACGGGUAGGUCGUAAAACAGGAC